GCUCUUUGCCGCUGCGGCCCAGCUCGCUUCCUCCUCACCAACACGCAGUGAUGGCGUCGCUCACCGUCAAGGCCUACCUUCUGGGCAAGGAGGACGCGGCCCGUGAGAUCCGCCGCUUCAGCUUCUGCUUCAGCCCAGAACCCGAGGCGGAGGCGGAGGCCGAGGCGGAGGUCGCGGCUGGGCCCGGACCCUGCGAACGGCUGCUGAGCCGGGUGGCCGCCCUGUUCCCCGCGCUGCGGCCCGGAGGCUUCCAGACGCACUAUCGCGAUGAGGACGGAGACUUGGUUGCCUUUUCCAGCGACGAGGAGCUGACCAUGGCAAUGUCCUAUGUGAAGGAUGACAUCUUCCGUAUUUACAUUAAAGAGAAGAAGGAGUGCCGGCGGGACCACCACCCCCCGUGUGCUCAGGAGGCACCCCGCGGCAUGGUGCACCCCAACGUGAUCUGUGAUGGUUGCAAUGGGCCGGUGGUGGGGACCCGCUACAAAUGCAGCGUCUGCCCGGACUAUGACUUGUGUGCUGCCUGUGAGGGGAAGGGCUUGCACAGAGAGCACAACAAGCUUGUCUUCCCCACCACCUUUGGGCCCUUCUCCGAGGGCUUCUCGCAUAGCCGCUGGCUCCGGAAACUGAAACAUGGGCACUUUGGGUGGCCCGGCUGGGAGAUGGGCCCACCGGGGAAUUGGAGCCCACGUCCCCCUCGUGCAGGGGAUGCCCGCCCCAGCCCUGCGGCGGAGUCAGCUUCUGGCCCAUCAGAGGACCCCAGCGUGAAUUUCCUUAAGAAUGUAGGGGAGAGUGUGGCAGCUGCCCUCAGCCCUCUGGGCAUCGAAGUGGAUAUUGACGUGGAACAUGGAGGGAAGAGAAGCCGCCUCACGCCCGUCUCUCCAGGCAGCUCCAGCACGGAGGAGAAGUGUAGCUCUCAGCCGAGCAGUUGCUCUUCUGAUCCCAGCAAACCGGACGGGGACACGGAGGGUGCCGCGCGGUCUCUGGCAGAGCAGAUGGACAAGAUAGCUCUAGAGCCGGGGCAGCCUGAGGAACAGAUGGAGUCUGAUAACUGUUCAGGAGGGGACGAGGACUGGACUCAUUUAUCUUCAAAAGAAGUAGACCCGUCUACAGGUGAACUCCAGUCUCUACAGAUGCCCGAGUCCGAAGGGCCAGCCUCCCUAGACUCUUCUCAGGAAGGGCCCACAGGGCUGAAGGAGGCCGCGGUGUACCCACAUCUGCCCCCAGAAGCUGACCCCCGGCUGAUAGAAUCCCUCUCCCAGAUGCUGUCCAUGGGGUUCUCAGACGAAGGCGGCUGGCUCACCAGGCUCCUACAGACCAAGAACUAUGACAUCGGGGCUGCCCUGGACACCAUCCAGUAUUCAAAGCAUCCACUGCCAUUGUGACAGCUUUUGCUCACUUGUUCUGUCCCCUUUCUUGUCUCAUAGUUGUUUUGAGCUAGUGUAGAACAGCAGGGCCUCUGUAAUGGCCAGUUCCUCUGUAUUCUUCCAGAAUCUGGGGGGCGGGGAUGCAUGAAGCCAUAUAGGGCAGGAGAACAAGUGAGAGGAGGAGACCCCAGCGUGUGUGCCAAUGUCUGAGAAACGUCUACCAGCUUUCCUUGGGUACGUGGAGGCUUCCUGGGGCAGAUUGAAAGUCCUUGCUGGGGAGGACACUGAGGCCACAUGGUGGCAUAUUCCUGUUCUCCCCCCACCAGGAUUACACCAGCAGUCCAGAAUGUCUUGCCUAAUGGCCUUCUGCCUUUUUUUAAUCACUACUCACAUGCUGACAUGUAGUUGAUUUUCUGCUAGAAACCUGAUCCGCUCCAAGUUCAGACGAGUCCCGCCAACAUCCUGUCUCCUGUCGGGGUGGAGGAGGAGCAAGUGCAGGAGGGGAGACUAGUGCAGCCUGGGACUGGUCAGGAGGGGGGACUGAGGGGACGGAGGCUGGAGCUCACGCAUACUGCCUGUCGUUAACCACUGUAGUUCUCUCCUUUCCCGAGUGUCCUUGCUUUUAAAGAAACCCUUUGUAACCAUUCUGUUGCUAUGUUGUAAACAAUCUGUAAGCACCUUAAUCAAAGAUGUUGCAACCAGAGAUGA